AUGGAGAGAGCAGGCGUUUACCCAGUGGAUAUUUUGGAAGAUGACCCUGAAAGGCAUCGGGAAGCAGCCCUGGCUUACUAUGCCACGCUUAGGGAAGGGAUGCAGCCCUCAGUAGAGCUUUUCUCUCUUCCUACGGGGGAGCAGGUUAAACUUGAAGCUUCGUCUGUUUGCUUUUGCACUGUGCACCGUGACGAACCUCAACAUAAAAUAUUAGUCUUGGUUAAUCCCCAGGACACGAAGACAGUGGUGGCUGUUUACAUAAAGGAGUCCUGGUGGCCCACCGAAGACGUCCUACGAACCUCUGAUCCUGCUAGAGAAGGUCUGAUGAAGGUUCAGUCAUUUGGGGAAAGGAUUGUGCUUUUCAUUCUAAACGUCGUUAUUUUUGGAAGAUUGGAGAGAAAUUUGGAUGAUGGUGACAUGUUUUUUUUACCUCACUCUGUGAAGGAGCAAGCAAAGAUUCUGUGGCGGGAUGGAUCAGCUGUUGGAUUUUACACAACCAAAAGGAAAGGCAGCCUGUGUGGUGAUGGCACAGGUGUGUGCUACCUGCUGCCUGUCUUCGACACCGUGUUUGUCAGGAGGACGUACCGUCGCCAAGGCCUGGGCAUGGCCAUGCUGCAGGACUUCUGUGAGACAUUCCGAGAGGACGAGGCUCUGGGCGUCAGUUGGCCAAUUUCUCCUGCCAUGUACCAAGUCUGCAGGAAGUUCCUGUUGGCCCAUCCGGAGGAGCGGGGUCGCCUGUGGGAGGUGGAGCCCCCAGGAGCCUGGGGCCAGCGAGGCAGCAUCUGGCUGAAGGUUCAACUGCAGCAGUCAAGACCUCCAGACUGUGAGUCGCAGUGA